GUGAGAUUGUCACAGUCCGCGAGCUGCAGGUAUCAACGGAUGUUAGCUUGGUGGAACAAAGGAAAACGGUGAUAUUUUGAACAUUUUAAGGAGGAAUCUGGUUCCGCAGCGUCGUCAAAAACUCAAACAGAACCACAAACAUCCCCUGUUGUGCUUUUAUUGUAACCGGAAGACGGACGUGCGUUUGAAAUAGUAUCGCGACAGGUGUGUUUUUGAACGAUUGUUUGUCUACAACAUCCUUAUCACAAUGGCGUGGGUGAUGUAGAGCGGGAUCGAACAUGGAGGAGUAUUUUAAAUCGGUGGGGGACGUGCGGCGCCUCAUCGAAACGAUCUCCAGUCAGUCAGAGGAAGUGGAGAGAAGACACGCUGUCAUCCUGUCUUCCACCAGCCAGAACAAAAAGCAGAAAGACGAGCUGCAGCGGCUGAAUAAUGAAACAAAUCGGAAUGCCAAUGCAGUCAGGGCCAAGUUAAAAGAAAUGCAAGACAAACCACUGGCAGGAGGUCACAACCACACUGAGUCAGUUAUUCAGCGGAUUCAAAGUAACCAGCACUCCCACCUGACGCGAUGGUUUUCCGAUGUCAUGAGGAACUACCAUAAAGCACAGAUCGACUUCAGAGAUAAAUGCAAGGCACAAAUUCAGAGGCAGCUGGAGAUUGUGGAGAAAGUGACAACGGAUGAGGAGUUGGAGGAAAUGCUCAACUGUGAGAAACUCUCCAUCUUUAUAGCUGACAUCAACUCGGACGCUCACACUUGUCGUCAGGCUCUGAGUGAGAUUGAGUCGCGGCACCUGGACAUCAUCAGUUUGGAGUCCAGCAUCAGGGAGCUGCACGAGGUAUUUGCAGAUACAGCCAUGUUGCUGGAGAGUCAGGGGGAGCUCAUCAACAGCAUAGAGAAGAACGUCAUGAGCGCUGCUGAGUAUGUGGAUCAGUCCAAAUCAGAAACCCAAAAGGCUGUGGACUACAAGAAAAACCGAUACAAAAUAGCCUCCAUGCCUAACUUUUUAAAGUCUUUCAGGAAACCAACUGUUGUUAAAGCUCCGGAAGAGCAAUUGACUGCAGACUUGAACCAUAACCAGGCGUCUCAGGCUUCUGACAAGUGAGAUUCAAGACAUCGAUGGAGACAUUUGUGGUUUUAAAAGUUGCUUUUUAUACACACCAUGUGACAGGCAACACAUUGCAAGACCAGAGGUAUUUUAUAGCUCUGAUGUGACUGGUGUAUAUUAUCAAUGUCAAGUCUGAGUGUGAACAUUUUCUUCUUUGAGCCAAUCAGAUCGUACUGUAUUUUAAAUACUUAAAAUUAUCUGAAUAAACCUCUGUCCAAAAAAUGCUCUAUUUUGAUUCUACAAAACCUGUUUGAUGAAGACAGAGAAAUUAUGUCUUCUUCACUGAAGCCGCCCACCGUCAUGGUCAAGCAUGUCCAAACAUUCCUCGCUGUUAUGCUGUUGUAAACAGCUUUCUACAUGUGUAUAAUAAGAUUAUGUAUUAUUGCUACAAGUCAUUUGCAAUGCAUGCGACGUUUCCCUCAUUGUCCAGAGGGUGGCGCCUCUUCUCCACAUUUCUUCCUACUCCCUUCAGCUUGGAGUUUUUCAUUCUUUAAUCAAUGUAAAAUGUCAUUUCCAUGUGGUUUUAAUUUCAAACUUAUAACUAUACUACCUUUGAUGGGCAUUUCUUUUUCCACGGCU